GAGCCUGCUCCCGAAGUGCGAUCGCUUCUCGAUGACAGCAUCGUCUCUCCCCAGCCCUCGCCCCGCGACACAUUCUCGUUCUACUACGAUGAUCUGAAGCCCAGCUCGAGCGAGGAGGAGACCCCGACGGGCUCCGCACCAGACUCUUUCUGUAUGGUCUACAACGGGGAGAGCGGCGAUGGUACUGCAUCUGUUCG